AUGAGGUACCGGCAUCCACCACCACGGGGCCGCAUAAUCGCUAGCCAGCCCACACAAGGCCUGGCUUCUCCCGGCUGGACGAAUGCUGAAUCAAGCCACAACAGCGCGACGGCGACGUCGCCGUCAGUGAUUCUGCAAACGAAUCUCACCACCGUGCAACCAACUGACAGCAGCGCGAUGCCCAUCGAAAGCGCCGAGGUUUGGGACAAGUGCCAGGCCGCCGACUCGGAUUCCAGCAAUUCAUCUCACUCCAGAUCAUCGCACCCAGCCAACCAUCACGCUGCAGGGAUAGAUCCCCGCCGCGGCCCUCCAAGUCAGGAAACCUCCCCCUCAAAUCCGCAUCCGACCUCUGAGUCAACGACAGCUCCUGGCAGUCCGGAUGGUGAGACCCAACCUGUUCUGUCUGGACCCGAGAUUACGACAGAUGACGGCAGCAGCAACGCAAUCCCACAGGCCAGCGAGCACCCACGGGGCGGAGCGGGAAACAGGGAGACAGAAAGCGGAACGCCGGACGCCGGCGACGAAAAGCUGAGCGGCGAUGCCACUGCGUCUGGUGGAGGUGACGACGACCUGCCGCCAGGCGCCAAUAGUGCGUACGCAUUAUGGGAUCCCCAGUGCGUGGGAGUUGCCGCUGUACUUCCUGCGUUCUGGCUGCUCACGCAAUGGUGA